AUGAAGCUGCUGAAGCUGAGGAGGAACGUGGUGAAGCUGUCGCUCUUCAGACACUUCACCAACACGCUCAUCUUCGCCGUCAUAGCAUCGGUCGUUUUCAUCAUCUGGACCACGAAGACCUUCACGAUGUCCGAGUGUCGGUCUGACUGGAGAGAAGUGUGGAUACAAGAUGCCUUCUGGCGCUUCCUGUUCUCCCUCAUCUUGUUGGUCAUCAUGUUCCUGUGGCGGCCGUCGGCCAACAACCAGAGGUACGCCUUCAGCCCUCUGGUGGAUGAAGAGAGCGACGACGAGGAGAGGGAGCCCAUGGUGAACGAAGCUUUCGAGGGGAUGAAGAUGAGGGGCACGAAGAACGAGCCCAACGGCACGGCCAAAGCCAACAAAGUGGACGAGGAUCUGAAGUGGGUGGAGGAGAACAUCCC